AUGUCCUCUUUACCCGCACCUUCUGUCUUGGAACUUAACGAGAGCCAAAUCAAUCGGCUCGAUGGGAAUGCGAAAGAACCAAUAAUUGCAUUACAUAUUCCCCUUGUACCACCUGGGAAGCAACCUGGUGAGUCGCAGGCAAUCUUCAAUGUGAUGAGACUCUGUGAAGACAAAUAUGGAUUUGACGCCAUGCAUCCCAACGGGCGGAUAACUUUCGAGAAUAUGGAAAUUGAUGAAGAUAUUGCUGAAGAUGAAAAUCAAGAACAGAACGACGAAGAUUCCGCAGAGAUGGAUGAGGAAGCUGACACUAUAAGGAAGCUGGGAAUGAAAUUUAAAGCCGGAAUGACCGACGAAGAAAAGGAAGAAAUGAUUUUGAAAGAAAUUCAUAGAAGGAAAAUGGAGAGCAAUAAAAGGAUUGGAAAAUAUGAUCUCCUCGAUCCUUUCAUUGAUGAUGAGGAGCUCCUAUUCGAAGAACAGACAAAAAACAACAAGGAUGGGUUUUAUGUUUAUUAUGGGCCCAUUUCUGAUGACAAUAAAUCAACCACCGUGAAGAGGAAGCCGACUGCCUCAACAAAUGCUUCAAGCAACAAAAGAAAGAAAGCAAAUCCUUCAAGCGUGAAAAAACCCGAAUCUAACUCAUCCUUAAUAACGAUUGCUCCAAAACCCUCUGUUAUAAAAAGCCAAACCUUAACUGCUCCCAACAAGGACAGAAUCUUUACAUCGGGAUCCGAGUCUCCAGUUUUGCGAGCAGCGCCAGAGCAUCAGGGUUCAAAUGAGGUGACUAGCACUAGUGACUCAGGGGAGGAUCAGCUCAAAGUUAGCUUGGCAAGAUCCGAAACAAAGGCGCAAAACAGUAACAUAAUCGUGGGCUCACUUCCACCUUUGUAA